UACUAUAUUUUUGAUAUUACUUUAAACCAGAUUGUAUAACGUCGAGGUUUAGUUCGUUGCGUUUCAUUUCUUACAAUAUUUGUUUUGAUAAAUUUUGCAAUUAUAUUUUGUGGUUAGGUACUCUUUGCACGACAACAGAAGUUUAAAAUCCGACGUUUUUGAAAACGCCACAAUAAAGUAAACAAUAAAAAAAAUAACGCCGCUUGAAGUGAAAAAAAUAUAAAAAUGAAACUCUACUUUAUAACAAUACUAUUUUCGUUUGUUAUCGUGUUUGUGAAUUCUGAAAAAAUUAAAUUUAUGAAGCAGGUUAUCAUAAAUAAUGAUUAUAUCCGUCAGACUCUUCGGGCAGAAAAAUUACAUACUGCAGUCAAAAAUAUUUUAAGUGGAUCAGAACCGAUGGCGGAUGUUUCUCUUAUGUUGGCUGUACCAGACUUUGCAGUGACAAGUGCAAACGUUCGUAAGUUAACGAUAAGCACGUCUCGUGAGGAAGAUCUUGGAAAAAUAUUAAAACAGUUAAUGAGCGAUUGCAUACAACCCCAUCCACAUUCACAACGUGAAGUAAAAGGUAUUGUAACUCCUGUUGUUGGAGACAGAGAUGCUGAAAGGGCUAAUAUAGUAGCGCUCGCAAAUGAACGAAGAGUUCUAAUUAUGGAAGCUAUUACAAAAAUAGCAAGUGAAGGUGGACUUAACGUUGAAUCACUCUGGACGUGUCGCCUAGUUGGGUUGUUCAGAAGUAUGAUAUAUUUCGAAAGUCAAUCAUAUAUGGUCGAGGCUAAGGUGGAACUUGGUGUUUGUAAACUAACUACUAAACUGGACAUUGGUUUCAAAUACGUACAAUAUCCGGACGGAAUUUAUGAAUUGGUACGCGACGGUAGUACUAUCAAAUUAGAGAAAUUUAACUAGUAUAAUAUCAUCAUAGUUAAGACCACUUGUUAAAGUUUAAUCAUUAAAUAUAAAAAAUUAUAUAAUACUACGAUUAUUAUUUUAAAACAUUUUUGUACACUGCACUAAUAUCAAAAUUAUCAGUUAAUUAUAUGUAUUUCAAAAAUCAUAAUAAAAAUGUCACCAAGUUUUUCUCAAGAUUAUAUUGUUAUAAAAUUUAUAUUGUUGAAAUUUGUUAAUUUAUAUUGGAAAAAUACGUGUCACGAGUAAG